AGGGAGGAAGAGAGAGGGAGGAUGCUGCAACCUAUGUGAAUAAUUUAUAGUGCAAGGAAAGGAGAGUUUAUGUGAGAGCAGCUGGGUUCCCUGUCUCCAUCCGCUUGCCAGCUGGGGAUGAGAGAACCUUGCUCAGGAGUUCUGAGGAGGGAGUGUGUUGUGUCAGUAAUGUUAUAGACUCUCCUAUCCAAGGCAUUCCAUCUACUCUUGCUUUUGCUGCUCCCAACAAGACUGUGGACUUGUUUGAGAUGAUUGAAAAAAUGCAGGGGAGUCGUCUGGAUGAACAAAGAUGUUCCCUUCCAGCUCCUCUCAAGACAGAAGAAGAGUAUAUUCCUUACCCGAGCAUCCAUGAGGUAUUACAGAAAGGGUGGCCAUAUCCUCUCAUUAUCUUACCCCAGUUUGGGGGCUACUGGAUUGAAGGGACAAGCCACAACCUCUCCAGUCCAACUCUCUCUGAUGUACCCUUUCCCUGGAGUGUUAAGGUGAAACUGGAGAGUGACCCCACAGCCAAGCUAUACCGCAAGCAUUUCCUAGGGAAGGAGCACCAGAACUUUUAUUCCAGUGAUGUGUCCUUGGGCUACUUGAUACUUUCUGUGAAGUAUGAACAGUCUGAGAAACAGGAAAAUCUACGCUUGUUGCUGAGGACACGAACUGGUACCAAACAUGAUCUGAUCCCCAUUUCCUGUCUGAAUGAAUUUCCCAAUGCUGUCCAGAUGGCAAAGCUACUGUGUGAAGAUGUGAAUGUUGAACGCUUCUUUCCUGUCCUCUAUCCCAAGGCUUCACAGCUUAUCGUAGCAUUUGAUGAACAUGUUAUAAGCAAUAACUUCAAAUUUGGGGUAAUCUACCAGAAACCUGGACAGACAACUGAAGAAGAAGUCUUCAGUAACACAGAAGAGAGUCUGGGUUUCCUGGAGUUCUUAGAUUUCCUUGGUGACAAGAUUCAGCUGCAGGAUUUCCGUGGGUUCCGGGGAGGUUUGGAUGUCAUUAGAGGUCAAACAGGCACUGAAUCCGUUUAUACAAAUUUCCGGGGCAAAGAGAUCAUGUUUCAUGUGUCUACAAAACUGCCCUUCGCAGAAGGAGAUUCCCAACAGCUUCAGCGGAAGCGUCACAUUGGGAACGACAUUGUAGCCAUCAUCUUCCAGGAUGAAAGCACACCUUUUGUGCCUGAUAUGAUUGCUUCUAAUUUCCUACAUGCAUACGUGGUAGUUCAGCUCACUCACAGCAGUUGUGGGGAGACCCUCUACAAGGUUUCAGUCACAGCACGAGAUGAUGUGCCCUUCUUUGGACCUUCUCUACCAAAUCCAGCCAUAUUUAGAAAGAGUACAGAGUUUCGUGAAUUCCUUCUGGUCAAGCUCAUCAAUGCUGAAUACAGCUGCUAUCGAGCUGAAAAAUUUGCUAAAUUAAAGGAGAGAACACGAAGUGCCCUCUUGGAGAGUCUUUUUGAGGAGCUGCAGUUUCGCAGCCGCUGUAUGAUGGGAUUGCCCAUAGAAGAAGAUGACAAGACAGAGAAUGGCAGUGGGGGCUUCUUUGAGAAUUUCAAGCGGGUGAUCAGAGGCCGCAGCCAGAGCCUGGAUACCAUGGGGAUAUCUAUGAGAAAGCAGCAGCCAGCCACCAUGCCCAGCCGCCCGAUGACAGCUGGCCUUGCUCUGAGCCAGAGUGUUGCCGAGGGCCCUAAGGCCAUUGCUGCGUCUUUUGCCUUGCCUGGUAGGAGCCCAUCACGUACUCGAACCAGCCGUUUCCAUGGGCGACGGAGUAGUGCCAUUGGCAUUGAGAACAUACAGGAGGAGAAGAGCAGAGACAUUGCAGAGAGGGUACAGAAGAUGGUAGACUGUCCAGAAACUUUGCUUGACCUGAAAUCUGAUGGUUCAUCCAGUCCCAGCUCCCCAGAGUUCCCCAGCAGGAAGAGCAAGUAGCCUUCUGAAUAAUACUUUCUCCCAAGGACAUGGUGAAAGAAUGAACCCAGCCUAAGUAACAAGGUAGCAAACUCCCCAGGAUCGGGACUCUUUCCAAGUUUCAUCUGAAAAUCAAGCACUGUACUGUGUAUGUCCAAAUCCUAGGAAAACUACACAGGUUUUGUGUGCAUGUGUUUUCCCUUCUCAGACACAUCUGAGUGGGGACAUCAAGCCAAUCAGGAGUGGACCGGAUGCUACUAAUUGUUUACCUCACUGAAGAUACUGGCAAGACUUUUUGGGUGAAAUGAGAGUACUGGCUAAGAGGAGCAUGAACUUAGAGGACCUCAAGGACUGUGGAAAGACCAAGUGACACCACAUAAUGCUCCACUGGCAGUCCCUGGAGCAGGAAUCAUGGAGAGGAAGAAGGACGAAAUUAGGAAGGAAGAAAUUAUUUUGGAGCAUUUUGACUCUAGGCUCUUCCCACUGUCCAAUCAGCAGUCACUGAAUCAGACUCUACAAAUGCUGGGGGAAAGGAGGCUACCUUGAGCACCUCCUCUUCCCUUAGACUUAUUCAGAAAGAGAAUUAAGUCAAAAGCAGAACACAUUUCCACCUCUGUCUCUAGUAAGCACUAGAGAUGGAUGACCUAGUUUGGGAAAUGCAAUCCAAAGAAAGAGAAUGAAGAAAUCUGCUGAGGAAGGGUGCUAAGAAGGUGAUACUUAGUGGAAAUUUAGGUCCCAGCUCAUUUUAUUGAUUGGCUCUGCCAAGGGAGAAGUAUGUUAGCCUUCAUUUCCUCCAAAAUAUAUUUUGUAGCCUCAUGAGGAAAUAUCUUUGGCCUGUAUUGGCCUUGCCUUUACUGUUCUCCCUAUUGCAUGCUGGCAUGUAAUAUGCCUGGGGCUUUAGGUUUCAAUACUGCUUGUAGGUCGAGACCGGCCGUGUUUUGCAGUAUUUCUGAAUGAAUAAAUAUAUUUAAUAUAUUGAA